CAGUUCGCCGCGCCGCGCCGCGUCGUCAUCACGCACGUUGGGCGACUGUCGCUCCUCGCCGACCCAAACCGUCAACCGCAUAUAGAACUAAGCUGUGAAUAAACACAAAUAACACGUUAAAAAAACAAAUGAAAACUUUUAGUGCACCAAAACAGUGAACUGGACAAUCUGUGUGUCAUCAACCAGUGUCUACAAACGUUUGAAAAAACGUAAUAUUUCUAAGCAACGCCGCGUGCUGUCCGGAGACUCAUGUGUCAGCCCCUUCAUUGAGAUUUGAAACCAGAUUUUAGCGGUAAACGGGACAAGUAAAAUGGACCGCGGAACACCGAUAGUGAUGUGCUAGUGUUGUGAAUAACGGUUAAUAACGAGUUAAUAGUGGUUGAUAGCUAUGAUGUGAGACAGUUUGUGCUUGUCAAGAUGCCGUCAGACAGUGGAUCGGCGUGGUCGCCGCCAGCGUCCAACAGUGAGAGAAGGUUGAGCAACUCGUCAGAUGGGAGCGCCGGGAGCGGAUAUUCUAAAGCUACAACAGACAGCGCCGACUUCCUGGCGACAAGGCCGCACACAGCAGCCGUCAUCCCGGGCAAGCCAGCUGGUAACCCGCUGCAGUUCGUGCGCGUGGGGCCGGCUGACCUGGGCAGCAGGGCUCGGGAGCAGUUGAGGAGAGCAGAGCUCGCGAAGCGGACUGACCCUGCCCGCAUUGAGAGGCAGGAGGAUUGGCAGUCGAACCUGGACAACUGGAAGUCGUCCCGACGGAAGAGGGUGGAACACAUCAUCGAGCGCUGCGUGGAGGUGCGCCGCAUGGAGCACGAGCCGAGCCAGCCCCGAGCCAAGUCCAAGACCUUCAACGAGAUGCUGGAGGAACGGUCAGUACAUAGCGCGGGCCGCAGAAGGCGGAACCCCCUGGCACUAUACACAGAAGACGACGGUCACGACCUGAGCGACCUUGGUAUCGGCACCUCCAGCACCAAGAGUAGUCUCAGCGAAGACUGCGAUACACACAGCCUCGCUAGUGACGGUAUCGACCUGGAUAAGAACCAUUCAGAUGUCGACAACCUGUCUAACUGCGAGACAAACCGCAAGCUUGGCUCCAGCGCCAACGAAUACGACACGUGCACGACCACCACCAUCAGCUCCCCUGAGCCCGAGGAGUACACAUACGAGGGAGCCAUCGAGGGCUACAAGUCCAGGAUCAUCUCACAGACAAACAGCACUAUCGUCAAAACUGUCGUCAACAACAAUUUCAAAGAGAAGUCACCAGAGAAAAAUGGUGACCUCAACAGAAUCAGGACGAACGUCAGCAACAAAAUUGAGGAGAAACUCUCCUCCUUCCAAGAGAGAGCCAACGACGCGAAGAACAACAACCAACAGAAAGACCUGCCCAAGGUUGACAUCCACAAGAGGAGAGAACAGUUUGAGAGGGAAAACUCUCAAGAACCACAGACGAAUAAACCGAAACUGCCCGAAAUUGCGAACAAAAAAUCUAUUAAGGAAAGACUGUCUAGUUUAGAAAAGUUUACAGAAGAGACGCACGUUCAAAAGUCUACAAGCGACCUGACCAAGUUACCCACUGAAGUGAAACCGCUAAAAGAGCGUCUGUCUUCACUCGAAAAAGUAAAAUCUACAGAACCUGAGAAGAUAAAAAGGCUAUCUAACGGAGACCUGACCAACACACGGUCUCUGAAGGAACGCCUCUCCAGUCUAAAAUCACAAACUUCAGAAGAAGAAACAAAAGCGACUAAAACAGAAGUCAAAGAAGUUUCCAUGAGCCUCAAAGAGCGCUUGUCUUGUCUUGACGCGGCCAAGAACAAAGAUAUACCAAAAAUAUCAGUUGAAGAAGAGAUGGCACAUAACAAAAAUGUUGAAAUCAAGAUCGAGGAGACUAAAGAAUCAAUGAUGGACAACUCAUUAAAGUCAAGUUUGUCCGGAAUUGAAAGCCAAAUGCAGAGUUUCUGCCGCUCUUUAGACAGUCUGGACAUCAAUGGACAAUCGUCCCCCAAUUCAUUUGACAGAGUGCAAAGCUUAGAAGACUUUGAUUGCGCUGAAAUGCAGAACAACACAGUUCCAAGUGAUAUUGAGACGGAAGACAGCGGUAUCCACACAGCUAGAGAUUCUUGCGUACCUGCUGACGACAUAGCUGAUCUGACCCAAGUGGCGUCACCUGUCGGAGAGCCAAUGGUAGAAAUUUCCGAAUAUGAGUCAUCAAAUGAAGACGGAACAGGUAUGGACGCGAAGAUUGAAGAGAUUGACAAGAUGCCCGAACCUGUUCAACUGAUACAAGACAUCAUAGUCGAAGAAACUGAAGAACAAGACAUAAAAACUGAUGACGACAGCGCAAGCAAUUACCUUCAAGCCGUCUCUCAGCCCGAAGAACUGAGUGUCACGGAAGUUACCGAGAUACAACUCGACAAAGACGACGAAGACACUCUUAAAAGUUUGGAAAACCAGGACACCAGUGUAAGUUUGAAUGAGCCUGUCUCCACCGGGUCGGAAAGCGACACAGUGGUGUUCGAGGGGAAAAUGACCAUACAUCUUAAUCUGAACGAAAUUUGCAACAAUAUGAACGCCGGUGCCGGGACUACUAACAAUGUUAACACAACUAACAGCAUGCCAAUGGUGUUGGACGCUCUAGAACUGGCAUUUAAGGAGCUGGAUUCAGAAGACAGUGCAGCCAUGGAUGACACUGACGAAGUGCAGAAGAAAGAUGAGGAAUUCUUAAACAAGAAGGUAGACGUGACUCCUCUGUAUGAGAACAUGGAUCUGUUCUAUCAGAACCCUGCGGACUUCCCAGCUGAGAGUGCCUUCCCUCUGGAUAUGCCGUCGAAUGUUCUGGAACCUCCUAAGGAGAAGCCACCACCACCACCUACUGAUGACAGUCCUGAGGAUGAGCUUCUUGGCAAUGGCAACUUCAAACACACGAGCUCAGCGCGACGCAUCAAGAAAGAAAUCCGGAACAAACGCACCAGCUUCCUCGGCAUCGAAGGUCAAGACGACAGCUACCUCGACGUGGACCUCACCCUGGCUCCCAGACCUGACAUCACCUCCUUCCUACAAGAGGAGACGAAGAUUGAGAAGCUGCUUUACAAGAAGACCCUGUCACAUGAUAUGGAUGCUAAGCUGAGAGAGAGUAGGGAUUCGGGAGUGGAUGUGGACAGGGGACCGUCGGCUGAGGCGUGGUACAAGGGACAUUCGUCUCCCGAUACCCCUAAUCAGCAUAGCAGACAGAAUAGUGAGCCCUACACACACGUGACAGUGACGUCAGACGAGGAAGAAUCAGUGAAGAAGCAAGAAGCCUUCUCCAAUAACCUGAGCUCCAAGUUGAGCGAGCUGACCGAGGCUCCGGCUGACAAGAUCGACAACCUUGACAAGACUAUACAGCAGCAACAGGAAGUACUCCGCUUCGAAAGAGAACUGCUCCAACUAGAACAAGAGGAACUCCGAAGACAGAGAGAAAACCUCCUUCGAGACCAGACCAGGAUCAUCCAGAAAUCCGUACAGGACAUUUCAACCAUACCUUCAUCGCCUGAGAAACCUCCACUGACAAGACCCAAGGUCAACCCUCAUUAUAGGCAUUCAAUGCCGAAUUUGCUGCUAAAUGAGAAUUUCCCAUCUAUUCCUCCUGCGGUUCCUGAGAGGCAGGUGGAAGAGAGAGUGGUGGAUGAGAAACGCAAGCCGUUCGUGUCGGAAGAACAUAUGCAGAGGCAUUUUGGAGUGGAGGAAAGCCGCAGGGUGUUGUAUGAGAGGAAGGAGAUCAGAGCUCAGCCGAUGAGGGUCCCACAGCCUGUGCUGCCUCCGAAACCUAAGACUCGGGAGUCUAUUGAGAGGGAAAUUACUAUGAGGAGCAGUCGCGUGCCGUCAGCCGUGGAGUACGCGAACGUGCAGCUGCGACAGAAGCCCGUGACAAAUGGCAACGCCAAUUACCAUCCCAUGACAAGGCAUACGCUGCAGGCUUUGAGCGCUGCACCGACGCCGAAGCUGAUCUCCAACACAGACUGGAUGCAGGCGCGGAAUAUGUCUAGAAAACCUGCUAACUACAAUUAUAAUCAACAUUGGCUUAUACAGGAAGCAGAGCAGCGCCGCGUAGAAGAGCAGCGCAGCAAAGCACGAGCGGCGCAGCGACACUCCUACCACGACGCGCCCCACCCCGCGCCCCACCCCGCGCCACACCCCGCGCCACACCCCGCGCCCCACCCGCCCCACGCGCCCCACCUGCCGCCCGCCCCGCUCGCCCCGCCGCACACGCUGCAUGCUAUGCACGCGCUUAGUACCAGCCAACAGCAGCUAUCGGAAGUGAAGCGCGGCGUCCGCACGGAGCGCGAGGACAAGCUGCUGAGCGUGUCCGGCCGACGCAAGUGCUCGCACUGCGGGGACGAACUAGGUCGCGGCGCCGCCAUGAUCAUCGAGUCGCUGGGGCUGUGCUUCCACGUGUGGUGCUUCACGUGCGCCGUGUGCGGCGCGGCGCUGGGCGACGGCCGCGCCGGCGCCGACGUGCGCGUGCGGGCCCGCCGCCUGCACUGCCAGCACUGCUACUCCUCCGACGACGGCCGGAAGUACUCCGCCGUCUAGGACAACCUCUAUGUUAGAACAGGGGGAGAACAACAACCUUCAUACCCUGAAAGGGGAAUAACAACAACCUGUAUCUUAUAAAGAAGGUUACGAUUGGAAUGGAAAAGUCUGUCUAAGAAACCACAACCUGUAUAUUAUGAAGAGGAGAGGGGAAUAACAGCAACCUGUAUUAUAGAAAGAGGAAUAACAACAACCUGUAUGUUAAAAGGAGCCCUUAUAACAUACAGGUUGUUGUUACCUCUUUAAAGGAAGUUACAGUUGGGAUGGAAAGUACAUAAGCAAGAAUAUCCUUGAAUUGAAUGUACCUCUAGAAUGGUCUAUGAGAAAAGGAAUGGUGAAUAAUAAUUAAAAUAUUCGUAAAGUGAAAUAAAUCUUUGAGAGAGAACUACAUAAAAGUUACAAAGAUUAUUUGUUGGAGUACUAGCUUGUGCUAUGUAAUGAAAUUUAUCUCUCUAUAUAGUAAGCUGGAAAUUCGAUGACAUUGGACAGACUUUUGAAAAAGACUUUAGUAAAGUGUUGUCAAAAAUUACAAUGCAAUCUUAAAUCUUGUAAAUUAAGAUAGCAGUGGUGGGACAAAAAGUGAAAGAAAACUGUUUUAAGUUUCAUUUUCGGUUUCGUGUAAAAUAAAGUACAUAACUGGGGCUGGUCCAAAGACUAUGAAAAAAGAGUGAGUCGACAAGUAAUUCUUAACAAUUUGAUAUUUGUUAACGAUCCACAAGUAAUUUUAUACUGUUAUUCAAAUAUAUUUGUUUUCCCAUAAAGUUAUGUAAUGUACAACUAUUGUUAAACCUCUCAUCUUAAUAUAUCUCAUAUAAAUAUACUUUAACUAUGGUGGGUUAAUUUCUAUAUGACGAGUGUGCCUGAGUGAUUCAUUUUAACAUAACUUAAGAAUAAAAUGGCCAAAUAAUUAUACUUUAGUAUCGAGUGGUUGGCUGUAGACAACUAGACAGUCUCCAGACUCGUCGUGGUGAAGGCAAUUGAUAUAACCUACAUAAGUGCGAGCUCCUAUUGGCAUAGGCGUGAUAGUCACCUACCACGCUGUCUGUCAGUAUGUGUAUGCGCAACCUCCAAAACGUCUAAGCGGCUCAGCUGAGUUCUGAGUCGGCUACUGCACGCUUUUGUUUAACUCCCACAUGUUUGAACAUUUCGACAUUGUCACAGUAUUAUACGUUUGUCACAUAAUUUCGGACUAUUUUGUGCCAUGUCAUAUUUUUGUCUUGUGUUCCCAACAAGUACAUUAACAGAAACAAUAUAUUUAAGAAUACCAUUGAUUUAAUAUUUUUUUACUAAUAAACAAAAUAAUGUUUUGUGUAAUGAAAAUAAACAUUUGUAAUAUUUUGUAAAUAGUUUUUAAUUUAUACUUUAGUACGUUUUAAUGGUUAGCUUUAAUAGUUAUUAUUUUAGUUAAAAUGAAGAACAUAAUCCAUCCAAAAAUGUGUAUGAUUAAUAAAAAUAUUAUUAUCCUUUGAUUCAAUGUGAAAUGGCUUAAGUAGCGUAAAACUGUGAAAUCUCAAAUUUUAUACUAACAGAUCUCUUACGAUUCUCACUAUAAAAUCAUGGCAGCUUCGAAACUGGCCUGAGGUCUUUAUCCUAAUAUUAUUUAAGCCAUUUCAUGUAGUGAUGUUAUGUAAAUCUAAAUAUAUUUGCGUCACUAUGUAACAGCCGUAACUUCGUGUUGAAUAUAACUUGGAUUGCACCUACUUGUAAUUAUGUUAACUAUAUUGAUACAAAUGUACAUUCUCUAUGUGUAUAAGCUGCAAAUUGUAUAACAUUAAAUAUUUGAAUUAUACAAA